AUGGACGGCGUACGGAAGUUCUUCUACGGACCCACGCCAGAGGAGCAAAAACGAAAAUGCAAGGCCCUCGUCCGUCAAAACGGCCGCAAACUCGACCGCGACAUGCAAAACCUCAAAGCCCUCGAAUCCAAGACCCGCAAUCUAAUCCUGCAAGCCUCCAAACGCGCCCAACGCAACCCCUCCCAAAAAGACCAAGCUCUGCAAGAAACCCGCAUCUUCGCCCGCGAGCUCCUCCGCGUCCGCAAACAACGCUCUCGCCUCGCGACCUCCAAAGCCACCCUCAACUCCGUAGGCAUGCAAGUCGAGGAAGCCUUCGCCAUGCGCAAGAUCGGCGACAGCAUCAAAGCCUCCACGGGAAUCAUGAAAGACGUCAACAUGCUAGUGAAACUACCAGAGUUGACGGGGACGAUGAGGGAGUUGAGUCAGGAGUUGGUCAAGGCGGGGAUUAUUGAGGAGAUGGCGGGGGAUUCUUUGCCGGAUAGUGAGUUGCUGGAGGCUGAGGAUGAGGAGGCGGAGACGGAGGUUGAUAAGGUGUUGGGUGAGGUGCUGAAGGAUCGGACGAGUGCGCCGGGAACGCAGUUGCCGACGGAGCCCGUGGGGCCUGUGGAGGCUCAGCCCGCGGAGGAGGAGGAUAUGGAUUCGGAGGAGAUGUUGGCGCAGAUGAGGGGGAGGUUGGAGGCGUUGAAGAGUUGA